AUGACAAUUUACAAUGUGUAUAUAUUCGAUCGUGAAGGACAAUGCCUGUAUUAUGAUGAAUGGUUUCGAACGAAACAAUCAGGAUUGGCACCAAUUCAAGAAUAUAAAUUAGUAUUUGGAAUGAUGUUAUCAAUGAAAUCAUUUGUUGAUCGAUUGGCGACAAACGAUUCGAAUCAAACGGUGAAUUAUUAUAAGACUUCCGCCUAUAAAAUGACAUUUCUUGAAUCAGCCACUGGCAUCAAAAUAAUGUUGAAUACUGAUCCAAAUGCCACGGGGAUUCGAGAUCUUCUUCAUAAAAUCUAUCAAGCGUGGACUGAAACAUCAAAUAGUGCAGCUAAAAUGGAACUGUUCGCAUCGAAUCCUCCAAAUGAAAACUUUUUGAAAAGUCGAGUUAGGGAUAUUGUUAUGAAACAUCAGGCAUACGUUUAG